GUCCCCAUCCCCGCAGGCCUUCAGCCGGGCGCACCGCAUCGGCCAGGCCAACAAGGUGAUGAUUUAUCGCUUCGUCACCCGCGCCUCGGUGGAGGAACGCAUCACGCAGGUGGCCAAACGCAAGAUGAUGCUGACGCACCUGGUGGUUCGCCCGGGGCUGGGCUCCAAGGCCGGCUCCAUGUCCAAGCAAGAGCUGGACGACAUCCUUAAAUUUGGCACCGAGGAGCUUUUCAAGGAUGAGAAUGAGGGGGAGAACAAAGAGGAGGACAGCAGCGUCAUCCACUACGACAACGACGCCAUCGCCAGGCUGCUGGACCGGAACCAGGACGCCACCGACGACGCUGAUGUGCAGAACAUGAAUGAGUACCUGAGCUCCUUCAAGGUGGCCCAAUACGUCGUGAGGGAGGAGGACAAGAUCGAGGAGAUCGAGCGGGAGAUCAUCAAGCAGGAGGAAAACGUCGACCCCGACUACUGGGAGAAGCUGCUGAGGCACCACUACGAGCAGCAGCAGGAGGACCUGGCACGCAACCUGGGCAAGGGAAAGCGUGUCCGAAAGCAGGUCAACUACAACGACGCAGCACAGGAGGACCAAGGUGGGCACUGGGAGGGACUGGGAGGCACUGGGAGGGACUGGGGAGAGUGUGGGGCACAAGCCAGGUGAGGCAGAGGUGGGUAACUAUAACAGCUUGGCCUGGGAGGACCGAAGUAGGGACUGGGAGGUCAAUGGGAGGGACUGGGGAGCACUGGAAAGGAUUGGGAGGGGAAUGGAAAGGAUGUGGGACGUAACCCAAGACAGGUAGCUGCAACAGCUUGGCCCGUAGCACCGAGGUGGGCACUGGGAGGGACUGGGAUACACUAGGGGGGGACUGGGAAGGACUGGGAGGGCACUGGGGAGGAUGUGGGGCACAACCCAGGUGAGAUAGAGGUGGGUAACUGUAAUGGCUUGGCCCAGGAGGACUGAGGUGGGCACUGGGAGGAAACUGGGAUGGACUCUGGUGGGUUGGGGGGCACUGGGGGGCACUUUCAUACACUGGGAAGCACUGGGAUGGACUGAGAGGGCACUGGGGGGGAUGUGGGGUGCAACCCAGGGGAGGUGGGGGUGGGUGACUGUGACAGUUAGGAGAACCAAGGUGGGCACUGGGAUGAAGUGAGGUGGGUUGGGGGGCACUGGGGGGCACUGGGGAGGAUGUGGGGCACAAGCCAGGUGAGACAGAGGUGGGUAACUGUAAUGGCUUGGCCCAGGAGGACUGAGGUGGGCACUGGGAGGAAACUGGGAUGGACUCUGGUGGGUUGGGGGGGCACUGGGGGGCACUUUGAAACACUGGGAGAGGACUGGGAAGCACUGGGAUGGACUGAGAGGGCACUGGGGGGGAUGUGGGGUGCAACCCAGGGGAGGUUGUGGGUAACUGUGACAGUUAGGAGAACCAAGGUGGGCAUUGGGAUGAACUGAGGUGGGUUGGGGGGCACUGGGGGGCACUGGGGAGGAUGUGGGGCACAACCCAGGUGAGAUAGAGGCGGGUAGCUGUAAUGGCUUGGCCCAGGAGGACCAAGGUGGGCACUGGGAGGACAAUGGGAGGGACUGGGAAGCACUGGGAUGGACUGGGAUGGGUUGGGGGGGCGUGGGGGGUGCUGGGAGGAACUGGGAUGUGCCACAGGAGGCAUCAGGGGGACUGGGAGGGAACUGGGAUGGACUGGAAGGAAAGCGGGAGGGUGGACGGAGAAGUAACUGGGAGGCACUGGGAUGGACUGGGAGGGGAAACUGGGAUGGACUGGGAGGCA